AACAAGGUUGCCCUCGAGCAGUUUGUCUACCAGCCCGUCAGCCGUGAAAUGAUCUCAUACCUGGCCAACGCUGCCCACAGCGUCAUUGCCUGCGACUCGACCCUCAUGCCACCACCCCGGGAGUCAUCAUCGUCAUCAAAGUCCCGGGACGCGCCUCCCACUCCACCACGAAGCCCCGAGCCCCGGGCCGUCUCCAGCACCGACGACGCGCUGCCCUCGCUGGAAGAGUUCAUCACCCAGCUGGUCGUCUCCUCCAACGUCCAGGUCCCAACCCUCAUGUCGACCCUGGUCUACCUCAACCGCCUCAAGUCCAAGCUGCAGCCCAUGGCCCGCGGCCUGCGAUGCACCACCCACCGCAUCUUCCUGGCCGCCCUGAUCCUGGCCGCAAAGUACCUCAACGACAGCUCGCCCAAGAACAAGCACUGGGCCAACUACACCCACAUGAACACCGCCGACUACGCCUUUGGCUUCACCCGCACCGAGGUCAACCUGAUGGAGAAGCAGCUGCUGUUCCUGCUCGAGUGGGAGCUGAGAAUCACCGAGCACGACCUGUACGCCCAGCUCGACGUCUUCUUGGAGCCCGCGCGCAUCAAGAUUGCCGAGCGCUACGCCCGCAAGCUGCGUCACCGCGAGGAGAAGAAGCGCCAGCAGGACAUGUUCCACGCCGCGGCCCACGCUGCCGCCAGGUAUCCCAGCCCAGUCUCUUCCCGGGGCCCAUCACGAUCGCGACACGCCAGCCCCGACCACUACCGCACCGCCAGCAACGGCUCCAUCACGCCGCCCGGCCUGGUCUACAGCUCGGCCAGCUCCUAUGCCUCGUCCAUCUCUAGCCGCCAGCACUCGCGCGCCACCACGCCUCUGGAGUCGGAUCCGUCUCCCUACCUCUACGGCACCAGCCAGAGCAGCCUGUACGACUCCCCCGUGGAGAUUGUCAUGGACAAGGACGAGUCCAAGGCGCAGGUGCCGAGCGUCCGCGCUCUGCCUUACGACAUCGCCAUCUCUGCGGAGCAAUACGAGCAGCUUAGCGAGGCCACCACCAAGAAGCGGCACCGACGCGGCGUGUGGGGCCGUCUCCUCGGCGGUGCCAGCGCCAGCGCCAUCACCGUCCGAUAGAGCUUCUUUUUUUAUCCAACAUCUACUUGUGUGUGUUUUGACCUUUUUUUACAGAAAAAGCAUGGCGUCGCGGAUUGUCUUUUUUGUCUUUCUUCCCCAUUUCUUUCUCACAUCAACUGCAAUUACUACUAUACUUUUGGGUCUCGGACUUGUCUCCUCUCGAAAGAAGCUGCAUGGCCGGCGCAUCGACAGGGUUGACAUUUCUUGGAGCAUGGCAAUAGGUACUCCGUUUUCGUGCCUUUGGAUAACAACAAACACCUAAUCAUCACUACACUUUUUUCCCACCAAUAUGUUAUACAGAGAGGAUAUCAUGUGCAUACGUCAAAAAACAAAUUCUGUGUCUUACUUUCAAUUUGCCAAGGGGGCAAACCGGAGUUUUCCUAUGUUUUGUCAUAUUUUUCUAUUUGGGGUUGGUUCAAACCAACGAGGCGAAGUCGCGAUGGGGGGCUAGGAAAUCGGCAGUGUGGGCAUUUUUGGAGGGGGGCCCUGCUUACAAUGGGUUGGGAUAGCCCUGGUUUUUUCGAUCGGAACUGUCAUGGAAUCUUUUUGGAGUUUUUUUCGGGAAAUGGGAAUUAACAGAUCAUGUUUUCCACUGCGCCGAAUUCCCCUUUCGAGGGGGGCCAGUGAGCUGAUAUUUCAUAUAUACUACACUUAUUUGCUUAAUUUUUUUUGAGAGAUAUCUACAGACUAUGUUUAGAUAAAUCAAUUCUCUAGACUUGGAUUAUUUCCAUCAAUCUC